CUACGAAACAGGUAAUGGCAUCUCAGCUCGAGAAGAGGGCUUCCUGAAGAACGCGGGCAACCCAGAGACAGAGGCACAAGUCGCCCAGGGCCAGUUUUCCUACAUUGGGGACGACGGCAUCCCCAUCAGCCUGACUUACACGGCAGACGAGAACGGCUUCGUACCUCAAGGGGCCCAUCUGCCUACGCCGCCUCCCAUACCACCGGCAAUCCAACGCGCACUGCAGUUCCUGGCCAGUCAGCCCGAAUACAAGGAACCUCAGCCACAGUUUGGAUUCAAUCAAAAUAGGAGAACGAAUUUUGGACGAAA